AGGAAUGGCUUCUUCCAGACUUGUCUGAAUGGCAGAACUUUUUUUUGUUAGAUUUGGGGGUGUGUGUGAGAAAUUCCUGCCUCAGCCCAACAUCACAGAUUGCCAUGAAGUUUUACAAAGCAAAGUUUCCUGAUGCAAACAUAUUGCUUUAUUGAGCCAGAAGAGCAGCAUUAAUCUCAGCAGCAUCUCGGUUAAUACGCCAGCUCCCUCCCACCCCAGCGCCAAUCAACAGUGACAACUUCUCCACCCUUUCCUGGUCCGAGUCCAGUACACUGGAUUGGGGUGUGUGCACUUCAGCUCCCAAACCAACGCCAGCCGCUAAACCAUCAGCACCUCCAGAACAAGGAUGAAGCCAGAUGGAGAGUCGGAGCGCCCUUCCUUGGUCUCCCUGCGAGGGGUUCCCAUGAUCAAGACGUUUGCUGACGUCAUGGAAGAGGUGGAUGGCUUCCAAGCACAUCCAGGUGACUUGCUGAUCUCCACCUACCCCAAGUCUGGAACCACCUGGAUCAGCGAGGUCAUAGACCUGAUCUAUAAAGGAGGUGAUGUGGAGAAAUGCAGACACCAACCCAUCUAUCUGCGAGUCCCAUUCUUGGAGUUUUCUGUGCAUGGAGUUCCCUCAGGCAUUGAGCUGCUCAAAAAAGCACCCCGACCAUGUCUAAUUAAAACUCACCUUCCUGUCCAGUUGCUUCCCAAAUCAUUCUGGGAAAAGGAUUGCAAGAUGAUCUACGUGGCCAGAAAUGCCAAAGAUGUGGCUGUCUCAUAUUAUUACUUCUACCAAAUGGCAAAAGUACAUCCUGAUCCUGGAACAUGGGAUGAAUUCCUGGAGAAGUUUAUGGCUGGAGACAUCUCUUUUGGAUCCUGGUAUGACCAUGUCAAAGGCUGGUGGGACAAGAGAAAAGAACAAAGGAUGCUGUAUCUUCUCUAUGAAGACAUGAAAGAGGAUCCACAACGGGAGAUCCGGAAGGUAAUGGAAUUCCUGGAGAGGCCCCCUGACGACCGCCUGGUUGAGGAGAUUGCACAUCACACCUCCUUCAAAGAGAUGAGUCAGAACCAGAUGGCCAAUUACACAAGCAUCCCCACCUCAAUUAUGGACCACAAGAUCUCCCCUUUCAUGAGGAAGGGAAUCACAGGCGAUUGGAAGAACCAAUUCACAGUGGCUCAAAAUGAGCGCUUUGAUGCUGAUUACCAGAGGCAAAUGGAAGGAACUACCCUGCAUUUCCGGACAGAGAUUUGAUUUCUGUUGUAUCCCUCCUUGGAUUGUAAAUUGUUUGGGGACAUGGACCUCUUCAUGUUGCCUGUGUAAUUCUGGAAGGUGUCAUGUGCCUUGAUGGUGUAAAGAUGAAGAUCAAGUCAAGAUGUCUUCAUGACCCCUUCAGGAAAGAGCCAGUUUUUCACAGUACUAUGCGCUGUUGCCAACUGCGAUGUAGUAUUGGAGCUGUUUGUCCCUGCCACUUCUUAUCAGCCUAUGUCUAGAACAAACAUGAACUAAUGUUCAGUUCAAUAGUUUGUUAAUUCUUGGCCUUCAUUCUUGACAGCAGACAUGGGAAGGAGUUCAAGAAAAUCUGCUUGUUACAUUAUGCCUCUCUCCCUCCCUCCCUCCCUCCCUCCCCCCCCCCUGCUUUUACCCUGGAGAGACUUUUUAAAACAGAUUGAUCUGGUCCCUAAAGUUCACUUCUUUUUUAUUAUAUAGUUGUUACAGAAUUUUAGUAAAUACACACAUUUUAUAUUACUGAAGUAAAACUUAUGACAAGCAUUUUAAUAAAUGCCCCAAAUAGUCAGAUUUAUAUUCUGUUCAUGUCUCUCAUUCCAUCCAUUAAUAAAGACUUUUUAUCUUGAA